CCAUAUCCCAGCUAGAACUACUACUACAAUCGCAAGUUCCCAACUUCGUAAGUUUCGACAAGACACGAGAGCGAGACAAUCUCUGUACAAGUCACAAUGCCUGUUGGUGCAGAUGGUUUUCGGCUUCCUAGCGUUUAUAACUGUGAAGAGAAAUGCAAAUUAGAAUGGGUAACUGGUCCAGGUCAGGAUGACUUUUGUAGAACAUUUGUCAUCAAUGGUGAAGAUCACACUUUAGGAAACAUAUUGAAGCAUGUUAUUAUGCAAAACCCAGAUGUAUCUUAUUGUGGCUAUACUGUUCCCCAUCCAAUGGAUAAGAAAAUACAUCUCCGCAUCCAGACAAACAAAAUACCUGCCCUUGAUGUCUUGCACACAGCCCUGAAAAAUCUUAAAGCUGAAAAUGAGGCUAUUAAGAAAAUUCUAAAGGUUUGUAAAAGUCAUUACAUUGUUUAUAAUAAUAAAUCCUUAAUUUGUAGCCAUUUUCUGUGUCCAAAUCUUCCUAUAAACAAUUAUUCUUCCAAGGAAAAAAAAGAGCUAUAGCCUUGUUCAUUUGGU